GGUAUUGCUCAUUUUGCGGAGAGGCAGUCCCAUUCAUAGGGCUGGUAGGCAGGCAGGCAAAGCGCAGGAGCGGUCACACACCAUCACCGACGUAGUGUGUGAGACAAAUGAUGGUCCCUCACUGAAAAUUCCAGGCCAGGCUAAACUGCGCUAUCAUCAUCCGUUUCGGCAACGGACAUACCGGCAACUAAAAGCGAAACCUCUCAGGAAUGGAGUCUUGGUUAGGUCCUCUCCUGCGCUGACUGCCUGCCGCGGAAACAGACUUGACUUCCUCGUCGCCUCGCUCCUCAUCGCUGCCGCAGACAAGCCACUCUACUCGGUUUAUUUAAUCCAGGCUGUCCGCCGACCACUGUCUUUGGCAUCUGGACACAUCAGAGCUGGUCUAUCGUUGUUGAAUUUAACGUGCCUGUGUGUGUGCUUGUGCUGCGUGUAUAAUGCCGACACAUUUGCGUUUCCGGAGAAGGUCAUUCCUUGGGCUUUUAUUCCUUUUUUCACUGUCCACCUCCGCAUUGUAUUUCAUCUACUCCGCCCCCGGAAUCGUGAAUGAGUAUGUGUUCAUGGUUCAAGCCAGAGGGAUCCAGAUCAGAGAGAACGUGAAGAACAUUGGGGCGCAGGUUCUGGAGCAGGUGGUGAGAGGGGCUUACAGCAUCAAUGGCACAGACUAUGCCUAUGACUUCAACGUGAGCGAGAGUGAUGCUCCUCCCACCACAUACCUCCCUGAGGGCUUCACCUACCUCCCCUCUCAGGUUUGCCCUGAGAGGCUGCACACCAUGAAGGGCAGGUUGGAGGUGAAUAUGAGUGAGGUGUCUUUGGAGGAGGUGGAGAGAUCCUUGCUGGAGGAAGAGCCUUACAUUGCCCAAGGAGGCCACUGGAAGCCCAAUGACUGUUUACCCCGCUGGAAAGUGGCAAUCCUAGUCCCGUUCAGGAACCGACAUGAACACUUACCCAUUCUUCUGAGACACCUGGUGCCAGUGCUGAAAAAACAGAGACUCCAGUUUGCCUUUUAUUUCAUAGAGCAGUUGGGCACGGAGCCAUUUAACCGAGCCAUGUUGUUCAACGUGGGUUACAAGGAGGCUAUCAAGGACCUGGACUGGGACUGUCUAGUCUUCCACGAUGUGGACCACCUCAUGGAGAACGACAGAAACUACUACGGCUGCACAGACAUGCCCCGACACUUUGCGGUCAAACUUGACAAGUACUCCUACAUGCUUCCAUAUAAUGAGUUCUUCGGUGGUGUCAGUGGCCUGACGGUGAAGCAGUUCAAAAAGAUUAAUGGAUUUCCAAAUGCAUUCUGGGGCUGGGGUGGCGAGGAUGAUGACCUCUGGAACAGGGUGCAGUUUGCCAAUUACACAGUUAGUAGACCACACGGAGAGCAUGGGCGCUAUAUGUCAAUUCCACAUCACCAUCGUGGAGAAGUCCAGUUCCUAGGAAGGUAUAGUCUACUACGCCACUCAAAGGAGAGACAGAAAGUGGAUGGUCUUAACAACCUAAACUACUCCCCCCUAGUGUCCAGGAGACCUCUCUACACCAACAUUACAGUCAGCUUGAGCAGAAUGCUUGCACCCAUAGCUGACUACUGACGUAGGAACAGCUGGACUGCAGAACACCUGGGAAUCAAAGUCCUCUGGGACAUCAGCCAUAUCUCACCAGUGGCAGCACUGCUUAGAACGUUUUAGUUGAUUGAUUCUUUGCUUAAUUUCUUUAGUUUGUAU